CUUCUUUUAUUCAAUAUUUUCCUCGAAGGCCUUAACUUAUUCUUAGUUAGUUUACAAGAGAGCUUUUUUGGCCGGUUAUUUCUCGUCCUCCUUUGUCAGUUCCGGCGUUUCGAGCAACCAAAGCUGUUAUGGCAACCGCUCAAGCAAUGAGGGAACAGGAAAAAACAGUCACAUGGUCAAGUAUUUUUCCUUCUCAACAAGUCACAGAACAGCAGUCAGCUUUAUUUGUAAAGAAGCUUUUAGCAGUAGCAGUCUCCAGUAUAACCUAUCUCAGAACUAUAUUCCCAGAGCAUGCCUUUGGAGACAGAUGCUUAGAAGAUUUGAAUCUGAAAAUCCUGAAGGAUGACAGUGCUUGCCCAGGAGCAUGCCAAGUAAUACAGUGGAUCAAAGGUUGCUUUGAUGCUCUUGAUAAGAGAUAUCUCAGAAUGAUCGUUAUUGGUAUUUAUGGUGAUGCUGAAAAUCCUGAUACAGUCAUUGAGACUUACACCUUUAAGUUCUCCUAUGUUGGAGGUGAAGUCAGUAUCUUCAGGAAUGGAAAUAAAAUUGCAAGUGCCCAAACAGAGAAAGAGACUAAGAAGGCCACCAUACGUUUGCUGAGAACAAUAAUUCUUCUCAGUCAGACAUUGGCAUCAUUACCAGAUGACGUAAUGAUGACAAUGAAGCUGUUGUACUAUGAUGAAGUAACCCCUCCUGACUAUGAACCACCAGGUUUCAAGCACACACCAAACGAUUUUUUCAACUUUGUGGAGGAACCUCUGAACAUCAAAGUUGGAGACGUGUCAACGCCAUUUCACACAGUAAAGCUGCGUAUAAGAACAGAUUGUCAGCAGUUUGAAUUGAAAGAUGACAACAAUAAUGAAGAAGUUUACAGUAUCGAUCUGGAACCUGUCACGAGUCCAUCAAAAGAGAGCAAUUUACAAGAAUCAUCCAUACAGCAACAACAAGUUGAAGCAAACAAUCCUGUUAAAUCCCUUUCAUCUCCGUGUGACAUUGAACAAGAAGGGGGGCAAAUGUCUGAAGAGAUCAGAGAAGUAAAGGACAAAGGAUUGGAGGUUAUGGACUGUGAUCAAGAACUUCCUGAUCAGUCUCAACAGGAUGGAGAAGAGGUCAUCAAUGUAAAAUGUCCUUGUGGCAACGAUGAGGAUGAGGGCUUAAUGAUACUAUGUGGAGUCUGCAAUAACUGGCAGCAUGCAGUCUGUUUCGGCGUCUUAAAACAAGAGGAAGCUCCAGAACUUCAUGUAUGCGUGGGUUGCUCUAAGGGUGAGUACAGUGGGAAGUGUACAGAUUCUUCACUGGUUAACCUCAACACCAUAGCUUUACAGGCUACGUGUCUUUGGCGCAGAACCUUAGUUGCUUGCAGCGAGUUGAACAGGAUACUACCUAACACUUUGGCUCGUCACCUUAAGUUAGAGAUGAGCAUCGCCCAAGGUUUAGUCAAACGUCUGGAAAAAGAAGGAUUCAUAAGAAGCACUUUAAAAGGAAAGAGGCUUGGAAAAAUUGUUAACAAGAAGAAACUGCAGGCGGAGGGUUUCGGGAAGUAUUUCAGUCUAGGGAGUGGAAAGCUUGAAACUGAGGUUGACCUUUCAGACACGGUUGGUCCUGAUGAGAAUAAGUCAGAGGACGGGGUGGAGGCAAUAGUUCAGAGAUGCUCAAAGAUGGAUGUAUCAGGAGCCUUAAAAACCUUUAAGAAAAAAGUAUGCAACAAACAGGGAAAACUGAAAAGGGCUGUUUCUCUUAAAGAUGAGACAAUGGAAUUUGACAUUUCCGACAGUCAAGAACAAUGUUUUGAAGACCGUCCUCAAUCAAAGAGAAGGAAAGCUAGUGUAGCAAAAAGUGCAAUCCUGGUUUGAUUUCAAACUGGAAGGAAACUUAUUGAAUCAAUUUUUGUAUUUUUUUAGCUGAGCUCAGUUGCGCUAAACAAUUUUAAUUCGCGAUGGUACAUUCCUGCUCCUUUCUUACGAAUUAAUGCUAAUGCGCUGUAUUUCAC